CUAAAUUCCACAUCGAAGUCGCGUCAAGUCGACGAACACGCCUGCGUCUCCUCACAUUUCGGCGGAAUUGCAACGCCUUCUCUCUGAUAUUCUGUCCAAUCGAUGUGCAACCAUCAUGUAGGCGUCGGCAUAUCUGCCGAGGACAGGGAGAUGCCGUGUCUGUUUCAUAUGCUCUAGGACAGACCCCAAGCACAUGUUUGCAUUUUAUCCUUGAUACAGCUAACCUGACGAAUUCAGUUCUCUCUGCAGCCUGUAUCGUGCCCGACCCCUCUGAAAUUUACUACGAUGCCCUCAGCAACAACAGACGGCCCUCGCUAUGUCGAUGGAGCACUGAUCCCAGACAUCCAGAAAUAUGGUGAUAACCCAGUCACUAUUCGGGUGACAGAGGAAGAGCUCCAUACAGGCAAGACAAGACCGGAGACCGUGCAAGAGUGCCUGCGAUACUUCCAUCGAGACGGCUUUGUUGUUCUGGAAAAUGCCAUUGACGAGGGUCUGGUGGACAGGCUAUACAAUAGAAUGGUGCAGGACAACUCAGAAUUCCUGCGGAGGAAACACAUGCAUUGGAAUCAAGGCGCCUCCACUGGCAACGUUAGCCAGAUCCCGCCACUCACGCCGGAAUGGCUCGACCGCGACUUCUACGCAAACCCUCAUAUGAUACGCGUGGCGGAGAAUAUCCUUGGUCCGAAGCCUGAGCUUCGAUUCAUCAAUAGCAAUGUAGCUUGCCCCGGAGGAACCUCCCGUCAAGCAGUUCACAGCGACGUCAGUCAUGCAUUCCCCGAGAUUCCCUUUGGUCUGGUCAUGAACAUCUACCUUCAAGAUUCCGAUGCCCAAAAUGGGGUGACUGAGGUUUGGUGUGGUACACAUAAUGCUUAUCCUCAGAGCGAACAACAGGUAUCCCCUGGUAAAGGGUGGAUCAAGAAAGAGUAUCUGCAAGAACGGGCAAAAGUGAAGCCUCCUGUACAACCCAAGGUCAAAAAGGGCAGCAUUUGCAUUCGUGAUUUACGCCUCUGGCAUGCUGGGAUGCCGAAUACGAGUGAUCAUCAUCGCAUCAGGCUGGCUGUUGAUUACUUUGCGCAGUGGUAUCAAUGUCCGAUGACGACCAAACUGCCACUGUCCAUGAAAAAAACGAUUGAACGUGAAUGGGAAGGUGUCUCGACGGUUGGAGUCGAAUGGGUUGAAGGAGACUUGAAUAGCCUGGACGUGCAGUUCUAUCUGAACAUGACACAAGACCCAUCACAGUAUCUACUGCAAACUGAAAAGGGCUUCCAAGAUUCUGUGGGUCGUCAGACUGGGAAGUAUGUGUACGAUACUGCCAAAGUCACUGAACAGAAUUACUGGACGCCGGAAUAGAUGGAGACGAUGCUGCAAUGCAUAGAUUGUGUACAACUCUCACACUUCUGACUCUUUCCUGGUCGCGCCUAUCGGUCAAGCCGCAUGUCAGAUGAUAAUUGCAUCGAAGGUUUACGACCAUGAUGGGAGCGAGGUAGUGACUCGGCAAGGAGAUGUCAGGGCAGCAGAAAUGUUAUAAACACGACAACGUGACGUCAGCGCGAACAUCUUUGCGACUACAC